AUGGAUCACUUAUGCACAGUUUGUAUAAAUUAAAAAAGCCAGUUAAUAAGGAUAUUGAAUUUAAAUCUUAGAGAUUUGAUGAAAACGGAAAAAAAGUAAUUUACAAGCUUAUUUGAUUUAUAAAAACAAUUUAUAAGGGUAAAAUUAAUAAUAUAGCAAAAAUGGAGAAGAUUUAAUAAAAUCUGCUAAGGGAGCAUUUCAUUUAUCAAUUAAUUAAUAGAUUUAUAUAAACAAUAUAUUGAGCUUUAAAUAGGAGAAUUGAUUAAUUUGUUUUAAGAAAAGUAGAACUUGUUAUACAUUAAUUAAACAAAUAUUUUUUAAAAAUAGGAUUUUUAUUAGGAUGUGUAUUAAGACAAAAUAUAAUGAAAAAAAUAGUAAAUACAAUAAGUUGAAAUAAUUGCCGUUUCAUAAUUAGAAUAGUAUGAGGAUGAUAAGAUAAUGGAUUUUGGAAAUAUAAAAAUUUUAAUAUAAGAGAUAAAGAAUUUUGGAAAGAGAAUAGUGAAAAAGCUAAUCAGAAUAUUAAUUUAUAUAGAAAUAAUAUGA